AUGCUUUGUUUGAAUAAAAAUAAUGUUCAAAACUCACUUUCAUCAAAUCGAAAAUCAACAAUGCAACAGAUGUUAUACCAAUGCUCUGUUGCUUCUCUAGCUCGAAGUAUUGAAGAGAAGAAACACACUGAAAAUAUAAAUAGCUCAACGAAUUUAACGGAUCAUCUGCUUGACGAAUUUGUACAGUCCGCAAAACCAUUAAGAACAAGGAAUUUACUUAAUCAAGUUAGUGGCAAGGUACGACAAUAUGCAACAAAUUCAACACAAAGCGGAAAGGUCAACGACCAGUACUUUAAUUCUGUGCUGAUCUCAAAAUUAGCGUGUUUGAAAUUGCUGCAACAUUCACUUCGAGGUGGAAAAUUUGAAGUUAUGGGAAUGUUAGUGGGAUCUACUAUAGAAAAUAAAUUUGUCGUAUUUGAUUGCUAUGAGCUGCCCGUUGAAGGCACUGAAACAAGGGUCAAUGCUCAAAGCGAAUCAUACGAAUAUAUGGUUAAAUAUAUGAGUGAAAUGGUACCGGAAACCCAUAAUAUAGUUGGCUGGUAUCAUUCCCAUCCCGGCUAUGAUUGUUGGCUGAGUAACAUCGAUAUGCAUACGCAAGACUUGAACCAAAGUUUUCAGGAUCCAUACUUGGCAGUAGUUGUUGAUCCUUUCAAGAGUUUACAACAGAGGAAAAUAUCACUUGGUGCCUUUAGAACCUUUCACCUUCCCUCUGAGAUUGAAAAUGAAGAUCCUGAUAGCACACUUCGUUUCUAUAAUUUAAGCGUACAGAUUUUUGAUUCUGAUUACAAUAGACCAUUGGAGUUCUCGAAAUUGGAUAUCGGAUUCCCAAAAUUUGAUUUGGAAGCAGAUACAGUUCUCUUAGAAAGUCUGGUAGGUAUUUCUAAAGAAUGGAAUAUUUUGAGUGAACGAAAUAUACAGGCAUCAGCAAGGGUAGAUGUACCUAAAGAUUUUUUUGUAGUGGAACAAAGGGAACUGAAUGCAAACCAUGCAAGAAAAGUGGCCGAACAAUCGCAAGAAAUUGGCAUUUUUCAAAGACCUGCCAGAUCAAGUUCGUUCAUCAGUUUAGAUACGUCAACUAAUGACAAUAGCGAUGUCGAAAUGGACGACCAACAACUCGGAGACUUGGAAAGUGUUGAUAGCAGUGUGCAUACUAUAACGGAGCACACCUCACCAUAUCGUAGACCAACACAGCUGGCUCUUCCGGUGCCAACAUCUCUAACUCUUAAUUCACAAAAGGAAGGCAGCUGUGAUGAUCGGGAGAAGAAAACUGAAGGACGUAGAAACAAAGCCCUUAAAACGCAGUUUCAUAUACUUAAAGAUACCCUUUUGAAUCUGAAACUAGAAGAAUAUAGGCAGCUGAGGUUCUUUAAGGAUACUUUUACUCUGGAUAAUUCUCCAUAA